AUGGCCGGCGCACAUCCCCAGGAAAUAGAUCUUGCCUUUGCAGGCAAUCACGAAUUGCGCAAGCGUGUGCAUGCUGCGAUUGAUCAGAACCCCACACAAACCACCCUUUUUCGCGACAUAUCGGCGUAUAUACUCGGACAGGCAUCGCAGCCCUCGAACGAGCCAUCGGCAAAGAAGCGCAAGCUUGAGGACAGUAAUGGAGCGCAGAACGGCUCUGGGGUAGCAUCGAGUCUUACAAGCGCGGCGACAAAGGCAUGGCGACAAUACCCCGGAGUCAGCUUUUCCCUUCCCCAGAGGAAGAAAUUCACCUUGGAGUUGGUUGACAAGAGGGACGGUGGCGUACGAGCGGUAGGCGCGGAUGGUAGCGUCGAAUUUAGCAUUCCCUGGAGAGACGUUGACCAAGUAUUUUGCUUACCGGUGCCCGAGAAAGCGAAGCGGCAACACAACUUUAUCGUAUUGCCCGUGCAUGGCGAUGGCGUGAACCCGGUCCCCGACCAUCUAAAGAGCUCCCCACCAGAGCCAAUAGUAUGGACCUUCGAGGAAGCGACGGGCAAAAACAUCGUCGAGGGCGAAGACCCCGGGCCCUCCCCAAUGGCAGAGGCUAUACACCACUGCUUGAUACAAGCCAGCACUGGCAAGAUGGUAAUCUUCCCUGACGCAGACCAGUUUGAGAGCGCAAUCCCGCAAAGCCAUCGCAAGGGCGAGAAGGCAUACCACGUCAAGGGUCAUAGGGGCAGCAAAGAAGGCUACAUGUUCUUCACGUCAGCCGGCAUCGUAUGGGGCUUCAAAAAACCCCUCGCCUUCUUCGAUUUCGCGUCCGUCACCUCCGUCUCCUACACAAACGUCCUCCGCAACACCUUUAAUCUCGUCAUCACCACCCAAACAGGCGACAUUGAGUUUGGCAUGAUCGACCAGGCUGACUACAACGGUAUCAACGAAUACGUGCAGAAGCACGGUCUGCAAGAUGCUAGUAUGGCGGCGACAAGAAGAGCGCAGAAGCUCAACGUGAACCCUCCCGCUGAAAAGAAGGAUAAUGGCACGAAUGGUGCUGCUGCUGAGCCGGAUGAUGGCUUGACGGAACUCCAGAGAGCGGAGCAGCAGCUUCAAAAUAUGGAGGAUGAAGAGGACGAAGACGAGGAGGACUACGACCCAGGCAGCGAGGGCGAAUCCGAGGGCAGUGGUUCAGACAGCGAAGAUGAAGACGGAGAAGGGUAUGAGGGUGCCGAGGGCGAAGAACAUGAAGAGGGUUACGAGGAAGGUGAAGGCGAGGAAGGCGAAGAGAUGGAGAGCUAA